AAAAAAAAAGAUACUGCGAGGUAAAACAGCAAGGAAGCAACGGAAGUGUGCAUGACAGCCUUUGCCUUUGUGUGAUUGUGACCCCGUUCGUUCCUCUUUCCCUCCGUCACCAUCCCCCAAACCCCAUACGGCGCCGUUUCCCUCUCUUCUGUCGUUUCUUUCGCCUCUUCCCUCCGAUGCGCUUCUCCAUCUCAUUCCUCGUUGUCGUUUUCGUCGCGCUUUGCGAUUCUUCGAGUCAACGCUCCCGUUUCGCUUCUCUUAAUUGUCGUUUUGUCGAUUCAUCCGCAUAAAAAAGCACCUUCUUCACACGCUUUCUUCGUCAUUCUCUGAGUCUCAGGCACUCCCUUUCAUUCCGAAUUUCCUUUAUCUCAAUUCAAAGAAACCACAACUGCCACGUGGUGACGCGAAAUCGUACACUGCUACUUAUUUCGUUGAAGAAAAAAAAAACACGUUUUAAUCGGUGUUUUUUUUAUGCCUAAAAGUCACUUGCGGAAAUUAGGUUAGGUUCGAGCGGCACUUUGCCAUUGUUGAUGGAGCGGUCCGGGAGCUUAAACAGCAGUCAGCAUGUUAUAGAAAUAGCUGGGAGCGCCGAUGCUUCCACAUCGUCUGCAUCACAUCAUGAUAGACAUUUUAAUGGCACAAAUGUGACGCAGCAUGAAGAAAGAAUUAGCGGUGCAAGGAUGCCUCUUUCUCAGCCUUCAGUUUCAGCAACUAGUGUAUCUAAUGGGUCAAAUAGUCGAAACUCAUCGUUCAUAAGACGAGGGGAUACUCGGCGGAAUAGGAGUCCUGUGCAUUCAGGGUUAUGGAUAUCUAUUGAGCUGGUCCUACUCCUGAGCCAGAUUGUUGCAUCUAUAAUUGUUUUGUCUUUGUCAAGGCAUGAACAUCCGCGUACCCCGUUGUUUCAAUGGAUCAUUGGUUAUGCUUCUGGAUGUGCUGCUACCCUCCCUCUACUUUAUUGGCGGUAUUAUCAUCAUAACCAUAUGCAAGAGCAAGAGUCAUCUCAAUCUAGGCAGACUUCUCCUCGGAUUAAUGAUCCUUCAGGGACACUUCUUUUCAGUUCUAGAACUAAUGGUGGAGAAGAUGGUCAGUCUGCCGUUGCAUCUUCCAGAAGCAAUCAACCUUCAUUAUUGAUGAAUAGAAGAAUGAAGACACUAGUGGAGUACUUCAAAAUAUCUUUAGAUUGCUUUUUUGCUGUAUGGUUUGUUGUUGGAAAUGUAUGGAUCUUUGGGGGACAUUCAUCUGCCAAUGAAGCUCCUAAUUUGUACAGGUUAUGUAUAGUGUUUCUUGCAUUUAGCUGCAUUGGUUAUGCUAUGCCCUUCAUUUUCUGUUCAACAAUCUGCUGUUGUCUCCCUUGUAUAAUUUCUAUCCUUGGGGUUAGAGAGGAUAUGUCACAAAACAGAGGGGCAACUUCUGAAUCUAUUAAUGCUUUGCCGAUUUACAAGUUCAAGAUGAAGAAAAAUAAAAGAAAUGGCAAUGGCAACUCAGCUGCUGCCGAAGGUGGAGUUGUGGCUGCAGGAACUGAAAAAGAGCAUGUGAUAUCUGGAGAAGAUGCGGUUUGCUGCAUCUGCCUGGCAAAGUAUGAGAAUAAUGAUGAGCUGAGAGAAUUGCCUUGUUCUCAUCUUUUCCACAAAGACUGCGUCGAUAAAUGGUUGAAGAUAAAUGCAUUAUGCCCUCUUUGCAAGAGUGAUGUUGGUGAGAACUUAACAGGAUCGGUCUCUGGAGAAGAUGCCAGCCAACAACAGGGUGAGAGCAGGGUUGAGAAUGGCCUCACGAAUACCUCAGUCUAGUUGAGUUAUAUAGAAAUAUACAAUUUGGAUCCUCUCAUUUUCCCCUUAGAACUGGAGAAUCUCCUCUGGCAAGUUACGACGAGAGAGAAAGAACCAAUCACCUAUUUAGAAAAGCUGGUGAACCCUGCACAGGUAGUGGUGGGUAAACUAAUCACAUAUUUAUGAAACCGGUGGAUCUUGCACAGGAAAUGGUAGGUUCCUAUGCAAUAAACUGUAUUUUUCUCUCUCAUGACAAGAAGCUCGUCUUCUCAACGAUAAGGAAAUAAUCUGAAGCCCCUUUUAUGCAUAUGCACACUUUGUGCUGUUGUAAAGGUUUUUUUCAAUGCACUACACUCUUUGGAAGGAUGUUUGAUUGAGGUCAUCCAUAGCAUUUUUGUUGAUGUGUUUUUCUUUUCUUGUUGGAACUUAAGGUGGCCGAUACAAGGCAUCACCUUCUGUAGUCUGGUGAUGCAGCUGUUUGUUCAAGGGACGCUCAUCAUGGCCGUGUAAUCUGUGGUAUUGACAAUGGGAAUUAAAGCGUAUGAUUUCAUCUAAAUGGGUCACAGGAAUAUAUAUAUAUAUAUAUAACGUGAAAGGUAGCGCCUUUUUCAUCAUUUGGCAAUUGUCAUGUAUUUUUAAAUGUAUUUGUUUUAAUUCUCGAGGAUUAUUUAUAGGCAUUUUACUAGAGGCUACAAUUUAUUAUGGCCUCCUUCAUUUGUUUUCAGUAUUAUUUGAAUAAUAAAAAUUCCAUAACAGAGUAGUUAACGAA